AUGGCCACACUGACUGCAACGGAGGGCAUUCCAGCGUCUUAUAUUGAAUUGUCCAACGAUAGCUCCGCAUCUUUCAACAUCAAUUCAAAUGUGACCAACACAACUUCAUGGCGGCAAUACCCAUCAAGCAGUCGGAUAGUCUUUUCGUCUUUCGAACUGGUUUUAGCUUCAAUAGGCGCUGUUGCUAACGCUUUAGUCUUCUGGAUCAUAGCCAAAAAUCGCAAGAUGAGAACGGUUCCUAACAUUUUUGUGUUGAACCUGUCGAUCGCAGACUUUAUCUACUGCAGCAUGUUCCUGCCGUUUUGGGAUUCUUACCAGAUGUCCGUACAUGGGUGGAACUGUGGCAGAGUCAUGUGUAACGUUAUAGUGGCAGUGAGCGACCUUAGCGUGAACGCCAGCACCCUGUUCUUGACGGCCAUGAGUGUUGAAAGGUACCGGGCAGUAGUGGACCCUAUCGGGCACCUGCAACGCCAGUCAUUGAAGAAAACAUGGCUUGUCAGUGGAAUCCUCUGGUUGGCAGCAAUUCUUCCUAGUCUCCCAUUUGCCGUGCUGUCUACCACUAAGGAAUCACGGAUUUUUGGUAAUACCACUUGGGUAUCCUGCCAGUUAGACCCCCCUGAAGGGAUGGAUUAUGCCAAAUUUCAAAUCGUGACACACAUGUGGCGUUUCCUAGCAUGGUUCGUCGUACCAUUGGUGAUCAUCGCACCUUUGUAUACUCUACUUAUCAAGAAGAUACGAGAGAAAGAACAAUUUCCGCGACUUGGUCCAGCGACGAUGCAGUCUCAGGUACGCGUGACGAGGAUGGUGACGGUUGUUGUGUUCAUAUUCAUGCUUUCCUGGCUGCCAAUUCAUGUCCGAAACAUUGUUUACUUUUUCAAUCAAGAGGCAAUGCCUGAAGGUAUCUAUUUCUUGAUCGCUGCACUGUCAUCGGCAAACUCGACUGUCAAUCCGUUCCUGUAUGCUCUUCUUGGAGAGAAUUUCUAUGCUUACACAAAGAAAGCUCUGUUAAGAUGCUGUCAUACUAGUAGAUCAGCAAAGCAAAGGGGUAUAACAGGGGACGGAACUUCUAUUUCGCUCUCGAGAAGGAGAACAAUUCCAAGGGAGACCAUUAACGUGGACGAUAUUCCGAUAUAA